GUAGUCUGGUAACUUCACCAGUGAUAACAUUUUUGUGCUUUGAAGCGGCCAACUUAUUUUGGUUUUGACGUCAGGUGGGCGACACGCACCCCGCCAUCAUCCCGGUCCGGAGCAGAAGGAGUGCAUCUGCUGAGGUGCGCACUCAGCGCGCCGCUCGGCCCGCCCGGACACUGCAGUGUAGGUUACCGUGCCAUUGCUGCGGCUGCUCGCUCCCGACACCGCGUCCCGCUGCAGACUUCCCGGACUCAGGGAAGAACAUUAGGCGAGAGAGAACAGUGGGGAGAAACGCCAAAAAAAAGAGAAAGAGUCAUGGCCGAGUCCAACCCGCUGCGGGGGUUCCCCCGUCUGCGCCGGGCCGCGACCUCAUUUCCAGGCAAUCUACAUUUGGUCCUGGUGCUCCGCCCCACCAGCCUGUUAAGCUCCGCCCCAAGUCCGUCUUCAAGCACCGACCUGGGGUUUCGCUUCAGCCAGGAUGACUUCCUGUUAAAGAUGCCGGUGGUAAUGCUGCGUUCAGUUGGCGACCUUCUGCGCUACAUUGACGAAAACCACCUGACAUCAGACUUCACUGCAAAAGUGGAGUAUUGCCACAGUGACUGGAUCGUCCUGCGCUCGUCCAUUGAGACCUUUGCAGUGACGGUGAAGGAGAUCGCCCAGCUGCUGCAGGGCUUUGGAUCAGAGCUGUCUGAGACUGAGCUACCAGAUGAAGCUAAUGCCAUCGAGUUCCUGCUGCACUCACACACGCACCGAUACCGACAGAUGAAGGACGACAUCCGGAACGUGCUGAAAGAAGGACGCCUGCUGCUGUCCAACCUGGAAACAGUCAAGGCCUCUAAGAGAGACAUAGAGGAGGAGAGGGAAAUACAGGCAGAUAUGGACACUGUUCAGAGGCUCCUGGCUCAGCUCAGAGACAUGGAGGAGGCGUUUGAUGGCUUCUUCGAGAAACAUCACCUGAAGCUGCAGCAGUACCUCCAGCUGCUGCACUAUGAAAUGAGUUUCCAGCAGAUGGAGGAGGUGCUGGAGCGGCUCUCUGCCCAGGAGAAGGGGAUCGCCCCUGUGGGAACCACGUUGGUUCAAACAGAACAAUUACUGAAGGACCUAGAGAUUCUGGACAAACAAGCUCAGGAGGAGAUGGCUCGUGCUCAGGUGGUGAUCCUGCACGGUCACCAGUUGGCUGCCAACCACCACUACGCCCUGGCUCUCAUUGUCCAGCGGUGCAACGAGCUGCGGCAUCUCUGUGACGUCAUCACCACUGCCAUACGCACCAAGCGGGGCUCUCUCGCUCGGGCACGAGACCUCCUGCUCCGUCUCGAACAGGCACUUCGUUGGUGUGAUGAGGGAGCCUAUAUGCUAGCAAGUCAGAUGGUCGACAAGUUCCAGACCAGAGAGGGAGCUCAGGAGGCGCUGCAGUACCUGAGCUGUCACCAGGAGAGGGCGCCAACUGCACUGAAAAACAGCCAGGACACUCUGAGCCUGGAGUUUGAAGCCAUACUCACCCCACAGCUACAGUCCCAAAUCUCCAUGGUAACAGAGAAGCUGAACUCGAUGCAGUCCAUGAUCAGAAACAGAGAGCAGUGUCUGAGGAGGCUGGCGGAUGUGCAGGUCAGACCUAUCCAGCUGGUGGCCCCAAGGCCAGAACCUGACCAGACCAUGCAGCGCUGCAAGUCACCCCUCUUCUCCCCCAAACAUGUUGUAGACUUAAAUGUCCUCAACUCCAAGUUUUCCUUUGACCUGCUUCCUGGCAAGAGAACAGCGAGGAGGAACAACAGCCAACGUAAGAUCGAGGUGAUGCAUGAUUACCAAGGCAACCGCAGCUGUCUGUAUGGACCCAGCCCGGAAACGGAUUCAGAGGUGGAAGACAAUCCAGAGCAGGUCACACGCCAUGUUAUGAAGGAACUGAUUGCCACAGAGAGGAUCUAUGUGGACGAGCUGCUCUCUGUCCUUCUGGGCUACAGGGCAGAAAUGGAGGACCCAUCCACGUCUAAUCUUCUUCCCUCAGCUCUACGUAGCCAGAAGGACGUUCUGUUCGGCAACAUGCCAGAGAUUUACCAGUUCCAUAGCAGGAUCUUCCUUCACGAUCUGCAGAGUUGCCUGGAGACACCAGAGAGGGUGGGGGCUCGCUUCUUACAGCGGAAAGAGAAGUUCCAGGUGUACGAGCGUUACUGCCAAAACAAGCCUCGCUCUGAGUUGCUAUGGAGACAGUGCUCUGAUUCGGCCUUCUUUCAGGAGUGCCAGAGGAAGCUGGACCACAAGCUGGGUCUGGACUCUUACCUCCUGAAACCAGUCCAACGCCUCACUAAGUACCAGCUGCUCCUCAAGGAGCUGCUGAAACACUGUAUGGAGGAGCGAUACUGCUGCGAACUCCAGGAGGCUCUGGACUCUAUGCUGGAACUGCUCAAGUCUGUCAACGACUCCAUGCAUCAGAUAGCCAUCACUGGAUAUCAGGGUGACCUCAGCCAACUGGGCCGAGUGGUGAUGCAGGGAGCCUUCAGCGUGUGGAUCAGCCAUAAGAGGGCAGCGGUGCGAAUGAAAGAGCUGGCCAGGUUCAAACCCAUGCAGAGACAUCUCUUCCUCUAUGACCACGCCCUGCUCUUCUGCAAACGCAGAGACGAGGACAACCACGACAGGACGCCCUUCUACAGCUUCAAAUCCUGCCUCAGAAUGAGUGCAGUGGGAAUUACAGAAAAUGUGAAAGGAGAUGUGAAGAAAUUCGAGAUCUGGUACAGUGGCAGAGAAGUAGUGUACAUAGUUCAGGCUCCCACACUGGAGGUCAAAGUUGCUUGGCUGAUGGAGAUUAGAAAAAUUCUCACCAACCAGCAGAAACUGGGUCAAGAUGAGGCUCCUCCUCUACCACUUUCAGACAACCCCCUCUCUGACAGUGCAUCAGAGAUGUGUGUGUCGUGGGGCGGAGCGUCGGUGGGAGGCUGCUCAGCGUGUCUCCCUGUUCCUAACAGCUCCUCGGCAACAAGCCACACCCACAGGUUCCGGGGGGAGGAGUCAGUACACACUAGUCCCGCCCACUCAGACCCCGUGGUUCACUCGCCUCGACGCAGUUGGCCUGUCCCUGCUCACUCAGUGGCGAUCUGCGAAGGCCUGGAGGACUGGGGCGCUACAGACCUCUCCAACAUAUCAGACUCAGAGGAGGAGGAUCAGCCUGCUCCGCUGGUGGCGGGCAGGUACAGAGUCAUGGUAGAGAGCAGCAUGGCCAGCACUGAUGACAUCAUUUUUAACUGUGGUGAUGUCAUCCAGCUGCUCCACGAGGACUCGUCGGGAAUGUGGAUGGUGAGGAACAUAAGUCGUGGUGAAGAGGGGCGUGUUCUGCCUGAAGACCUGCACAGGAUUCUGGGAGAGACCUGCUGAGAGCCAAUCAGAACUGAGGAUAGAUGGCGCCUGUGUCCAUUCUCCUUCUGUUUUUGUCGCUUAUUUGGCUCACUCUCUCUCUAAAUACUCCUCCACACACACACAAACUCAAAUGUUCCAUCAACCUCCUGACCAAAAGGGGGCAUCUGACUCUGCUGAGACGUUCAUGGCGAGAUUGAAGCACAACAUCAACCACAAACUUUUCUCUUCAAACUACUGUGACACUGUUCACCUCAAAAUGGUUGUAAAUAACAGAGUGGACCUCAGAAGACUGUAACAAUGCAAAUAGGACCUCCCAAUACCAGAGCCUUCAUUUUCUUUAUCUAUUUUUUCCAGUGUUAAUACAGUAUAUUAUCUGGACUGAAGACGUUGAACCAGGGCUUUGAAUGGACUUUUGUUUAAGACUUCAAGUUUGAUCAUUUCUAUUUUCUUAUGAAAUACCAUAGAAUUCAUGAAUAUGCCUACCAACAUAUCAUUACUGUUCAUGUGCCAAACAGCUCAGCUAAUCAUUGUGGCUUCUUUUUGUCUACUGUAACACUGUUCUUUAGGCAUAACAGCUUUACCAUAUGGUGUCAUUGUUUUGAAUUUGAAUCGUCUGUCUGGCCUAUAGCAGCCAGCUACGUCGCUAGAGGGUUUGCAUGUGAUAUUACUGUAGACAUAAAUUGUCACGGUUACUCAACCUCUUUGUGGCAAAGGCAAGCAUUCAGCAUCUGCCAGGUGUGUUCACGUGAAACAAAACGAGAUGAUAAUAUUACAGAAACAAACUUGGAGAGACCAAGUUGAGUUAUUACAGGUCUUACAGGCAUAGUGGGUUUGUUUUGCCAUUUACUGUAUACCCUCUAUAAAUCUUUUUCACACCUGGCAUUUAAACAUGUCAUAGCACAAAGAAAAAAAAAAAAAGCACUGGUGAAGUUAGUAAUACUAAUUAUGGCUUUGUUCCACUUCGUUUUGUCUUGGUCUUGUGCAUGAUAGCUCAGUGGGAAAUUUCAACGGAGCCGAGUCAUUGAUAAUUAUUAGCUGCACAUGUGCUUCUCUUGCUAUGACGAGUGAAAAUGUUUCUUGUGAAAAAACAUCUUGCAGGAUAAAUGUAGAGUGGGAAGAUCUCACACAUUCACUGUCGCCACAGCUGGUUGUUAUAAUUCAGUAGUUUUCAGCCAGUGUAGCAAACUUUGCAGCUAUUUCAAAAAUUAGUUAAUUUAGUUUUGCUGCUGUUGAUGGUGGUAAUGUAUUAUUUGUGUUAAACUGAUUGGUGCCCAUGAGAUAAAUCUAAUCAUUCUCUGCUGCAGCUGUAAUUACCACUGUUGACCACUGAGAUGAGGAGAGAUCUGUUUUUGUUUGUUUGCUGCUCUGCAUGGACAAAUCACUGCACAUGCCUACUGCUUUAUUUCUGCCUGUACUGCUAUUUUACACCAACAGGGAAACUAUGUUCAGUGUUAACUAAGUGUAAUCACAGAAGUAUAGAAUGACAAUUGCCAACUGAACUACAUUGUAAAAGUCUGUUAAGCGACAGUGAAGUGUAAAAAGUGGCUAUGAAAACACUGCCGCUUUACCACUACAUGUGCUGAGGGUUAAUCUCUGUAAUUACUUCAGUUACGGACAACUUUUGGAGUCAAAUACAGUUAACUGUAAAUAUGUAAAAAUCUAAAUUUUAGAUGUUUAACAUAACUGUGGUCAACAGUCAUCUAAAUGUCAACACUUGACUGGACAGUCAGACAACACUCAGCUAUCAAGUGACAAAAGGUUCAUUAAUUUACUGCAUCGCUGGACUAUUUAAAUCUAAUCCUGCUGGUAACGUAAAUCCCCAAAAUUUAACACAAGAUUCAUUCUCAGCUGUAGUCACUUGAUAGUGAGUGGUGGACUGUCUAAAUAAGGUGUGUCCAAUGAUACUGAAUAAUGAGUAACAUGUCGUCAUGUUGAAUUUAUUUGAAAUCCACCUAACAUUGGCUAUACUCUAACAUCCGACCAGUCAGGCUAUAGUAUGUCUUUUCCACAGUACCUGAAACUGGUGUUUGCUGCUUCUGCUCAUUUUGCACUUUUUGAUAUUUUGAAUCAUCGUGAAAGCCUGUAUUAUAAUGCAUAGUGUAUAUGAUUAUUUUCCAAAAUAUAAGCACAGGAUUAUUUAAUUUGAAUCAACCUGACUGAUGUGUUGUCUCUCCUACACAGUGUAGUUAAGUUUCUAGCAGGUUUACUGACAGAGCGGUUACAGGUCAGGUUUAGCUUUGAACCUAGAGGCAGACACAGAGGGGUUGUGAAAAGGUAAUGGGUUUUGAUGGAUAAGGCUGCGGAAUGAGGGGAUGAUGAGGAAGAGGAACAAUAAACGCAGGUGAGAAAGGAGGAGGUGGCAGGGCAGCUGCACAAACACACGAUAAUUUCUGAGACACAAGAAAUUAGGUAAAGUGCAAAAGCUUCACUGUAGAAUUAACUUAGCGCAAACAUACUGCUGAGCAGUUGCAAGUCAGUACACCACACAACACAGAACAACUGGCUAAGAAUGAGGAGAGCCGGGGUCUUUAUGCAGGAGCUGAUUGGCAGAUGAGACACAGGUGUGGAGAUGAGUCAGGUGCCUGAUGAGCUGGCCACACCCUCAACACACACACACACACACUCUGAAAGGAUGAGGAGACACGAAGAAAGACAUGAGGGCGAACACAGAGAAACACACGGAAAACCUGGAGUCCGAAACUGUCGUGACAAGAGCGUCAUAAAGUUAAAGCACCUGCACACCUGUGGUCCACUUACACUGAUGUUACCUGAUGAGACUUCCUCUCAGAACUAUGUUGUGCAGACUGUGCUUGAUUGACAUCUCUCUAACUGUGCUAUUAGUUUUGUUGCUCAUGUUACAGCUACAACUUUAUCAUAAAUAUGGUGCAGUCAAAAUUAGCUUUAUUUCCAUGAUAAAGACAUAUUGCUUGACAUGGUUCACUGAUACUGGAACAGGUACAUCAUUUACUGAGUUAAUGUCACCUGUGCUUGUUUGGCUAUGACACGUAAAAAUGUUUGCUGUCAAAGAGGCCUGCCAAACUUUAAGUGGUGAAAUCCUCAAACUCACCUAUUCUGCAGACUGAUAUAUCACUAAAUAUAUGCUGUUUGUUUACUGUACAUUAUUGUUGAUAGAAGAGCAGAACAGGAGAGAUGAUGCAUGGUCUCAGUAAGUACAUCAUCAGCUUACGGUUACAACACUUUUCAUAUCAAUUCCUGCCCC